AGGGCUGCGGCAUGGAGCGGAGCCGGAGCCCGCCCCGGUACGGGUCGCUGGAGCCCACCCGGUGGCCGCCCGCCGGCGCGGGGCCAGAGGAUGAGAUUGUCUCCAUGGCUGACUCAACCACCACCAUCGAUGACAUUGAAGGGGAGCUCUUCAAAAUCGAGAGGAUCAGGGAGAUCCUGGUGAGGAGGGAGUCAGAGCUGCGAUACAUGAUGGAUGACAUUCAGCUUUGUAAGGAAAUCAGCCGGCUGAAAAAGGAGCUUCAACAACUCAUCGCGCUUCCAGAGAAUGAGAAGUCCAACGAGGAGAGGCAGAAGGAAGAGGAGCUGGUGCAGCAGAUACACAAGCUGGUGGAAACACGGGAUUUCCUGGUGGAUGAUGUGGAGUUUGAGAGGCUCAGGGAAAGGGAAGAAGACAAGGAAAUGGCAGAGUUCUUGCAAAGUAAGCUCUCCAAAAGCUACCUCCAGAAAACAACUCCUGCCAAAGAGAAGAAGGUGACUUCCAGGGGGCAGCAAACCUCCGCACCGUACGUGACCAAAACAGGCCUCACCCUGCUCAAGGAGUGCUGCGGCUUCACCUGCUCCAUCAUGUAGGCCACCCCCAGCUCCUCUGCACAGGACAGGACCAUGGUCUCCAGCUAGAGUCCACAAUCUGCUCUCCUCUGAGCGUUUCAACUCCCCGUCAUUGUUCAUGCUUCCCACUGCAGCAGCACCACCAAAGAGACUUCCCGAGCAGGCUGGUGCAAGCUUGAAUGAUGGCAUGUGUCCUUGGGGCCGUGUCAGUGGCUGUCUCCUCCAUGACUUCAAACAAACACCGAGUUCCACCUGAGCUCAGCUUGGAAGAGGUGUGUGCAGCAACAGCAAGUGAGGCCAUGACAAAGAGGACCAGUGCAGUCCUUCACCUGGACAGAGUGAUAGAGAAAGCAUUGGAGAACAUUGUGCUCCACCAUCCAAGACAUGCUGUGGCCACAGAUGAUGUCUCAUCCUUGGCCUUGUGCCACCUUGUGGGUCUCUAUGGGAUGAUUCCUGAGGACUCUUGGUGGGGAAUGUCUCUGGUCUGGGUUUCCUUGUGUUUGCAUCAGUUUUGUUGCAAGGUGCUCUAUGGCUCUGGGUAGAGCUGAGCAAAAUGUGAAGGACAUACCCCAGAGCUGGCUGAAUGAAGGGCUAAUUCUGGUGAAGUUCUCACCUCAGCACAGACCUGGUGUGUUGAACUAUGGGCAGAUGAGUUGCUUUCCUCACCUCACUAUGACGGAUUCACUUUUCAGCUCUAAGGAAAAGGAGGAAAUUAGAGCAAAAGAGAAAGGGAGAAAAAUCCAGAAGAACAGGGCAGGGUGCGGGAGAAAAGGAAAAGGAAAACCAAUCAGGAGCCUAGAAACGUGCCAGGGGAAGGUGGAGGCAGCAGAUGAGACACUCUCACUACCAAGAGGGCAUUCAGUCCUGCCCUCCAGUGCCCCAGCCAGCGCCUCUGGGCUUGGAACCAUGACCUGGACAUAAAGCCCUGUGCAAAAGCCUCAUGGAACCCUGAGGGCACCCAGUGUCUCAGUUCCCAUUGUCCCUUCUGAGCACCCAUCUGUGUUGAGGUGGCACAGCCAGAGCUGCUAAUGCCCUUCGUGGCAGGACAGGGCUCUCCUUGCUGGGCGUGAAGGCCUCUCACAUCUUCCCCCUGCCUGCUCUUCUGCUCCAUAGGCUGCUAUGGCUUCACUGGAUGUUCUGGGAUGGGCUCCCAUUUGGGUGGCUGCCCAAGAGCUGUGGCUGCCCUCUGGCCAAAAUGCUCCAGCUCAGUCUUUCUGCAACUUGCUGUAGGGUCUUAAGAUGGUGCUCCUGCCUUGUCACUGCCCAUCAUGCCCAUGCCAGUGAGAUGGCCGCAACCUAUUUGGCCCUUUCCCUUGCGCCUGAUAGCACAUUUGUCCAUCUAAAACGUAAUGCAGGUGGGAUCCUUCCUAGUGCAGUGCCAUGAGCAGGUCCAAGCCCCUCCUGAAUGUCUUCGUCAGCACUGCCAGGAAACCCAGUGUGUGGGAACCUGUUCUUUAACCUGUGCAAGGGGGUUUCCACUCACUUGUCCUUCUUGAGCAAUCUCCUCCUCCUAUGGCUCUUAGCAGCCAGAAAAGUCCACAAACUAAACCAGUCCCUCUGCACAUUCAUAGACCAGGCUACGAGGUCCAACUGGGCCAACACAAUCCUGGUCACCUCCAGCAAACUUGUGGUUUGUGUCAUCUUGAGUCACUGGUCUCAGUCUGAACAUGCCGACUUUGUGCUGCUCAUUGUUAAUGUCCUACAGCAUCCUACAACCACCACCUGCCAGUUCCUGGUGCUCUCCUUGCUUGGGGGAGACUUCAGUGUGUGCUGGAGGGAGCCUCCUGCAGAUCACAGGGCCAAAUUAAGCCACAGGGAGCUCCCCUCUGCUUUGCCAACCCUCUGUAACGGAGUGAGGUGCAGUACAUGGAGCUGUUGUCCAACCAGGGAUGUCAGGACAUCAUUGGUGGCAUCCAUCCUGGAGGUGGUGGGGCAGAUGAGGCCACUCACUCCCUGCUCUUACAGAAACUGUCCAGUGAUUUCUUUGCUUGGUCACUCUGCAGUCAUGUACGUGGUGCAAUACGAGUGUUUGCUUGGAUCUGCACAGACCAAAGGCUCCAUACCUGGAAGCCCUCUCCUCAUUGUCCUUGCCUUCCUCAGAAUCUUCUUGGGAAGGGUGGGUAACCAAAACUGGUUGGUUGUAUGGAGAGGGAGCUAAGGAAGAAGAGCCCUUGAUUCAGAACUUGCUCCUCUAAUUCAUCCCUACCUCCAGCCCACAAGACCCCAGACUUCAGCUGAGCAGUGCUUGGCCAGGCAGGAGGAUGGCUGGGGGCACAUGGGCAAGGUCCUCGCCUCGUUUGUUCUGUGUUUGUGUGGCUGGUCAUGGAGAAGGAGACAGGCUUCUGUCCUGGUCAUACAAUACCAUUUGGCCUGUACUUUAACCCAUGGCAAAGGUGUGCAGCACACGGGAGCAACACUGUUUCAUGUGCAUUGAUUUCAACCCAAAUAAAUGUCUGUUGGAAGCUUG